AUGUUGCUUUCAGUCAAUGUCAUUUUAAUCCUAUGGGAUUCCACAGAUGGAGGACAAGUGGGACUUUGUAAUUUUCCAAAAGUCAACCAUGAAAUCCUAUAUGAUGAAAAGAAAUAUAAGGCAUUGUUCCCAGUUUCUGUGGGGAAAUUUUUCUGUUACUCCUGUGAAUAUAAUUUUGUGUCUCCUUCAAAAAGCUUUUGGACUCGUAUAACAUGCACAGAAGAAGGAAGGUCACCAACGCCGACAUGCCUUCGGACUGUGUUUUUUCCUGUUGUGGAAAGUUCUCAUUCUGCAUAUUCUGGACAGACACAGCUUCAAGGUGACACUGUACAAACUGUUUACAAUACAGGCUACAACCCUCAAGAUAAGAACACCAUUUUGUGUGCAGAAGGUGGCUGGCCCACUCCUCCCAAGUGCAUUUCCACCAAGAAAUGUAUAACAUCAAAUAUCAUGGUUGACAGUGGGUUUUUGUCUGAAGCAGAACAUAGUUGUCUUUUAAAUAAAGAAGCACAAUAUACAUGUAAGCCAGGGUAUGCAACAGCAGAUGGAAAAGCAUCAGGCACAGUGAAACGCUUGCAAGACUGAUGGUCUCCUCAACCCAUUUGUUCUAAAUUUUAUGAAAUGCCAACAUUGCUGAAUUCCAGAAGCAGAGCAAAUGAUGGGAGCGGCACAGGAUCAGCAGUGCACGGUGAAGGCUGGUCUCAUCUGCCCAUGUGCUAUGUUAUGGGAAACAUUGAGUCAUGCGGGCCUCCUCCUCCCAUCAGUAAUGGAGAUACGGCCUCUUUCCUGUUAUCGACAUAUCCUCCAGGAUCCACAGCGGCCUACCAUUGCUGGUCCUUCUAG